AUGACAGGAUUCUCCUUCCCACCGGACUUCACAAUUCCCACCCCACGUCUCCAAAUCAGCCCUUUCAACCCCACCGACCAGACCCACUGCGACUUCUUAGUCCAACUCUGGAAUACAGACGAUUUCAUCAACUCCUGCGGGAAAACCGGAGUCACCACACCAGAAAAAGCAUCCGCAUUCCUUGAGAAUAGAGUCUUGAAAAGCUACGCCUACCAUGGUUACGGGAUAUUCCUAGUCUCGCGACGGACCGACGAUGGUCUGCAGCCGAUCGGCACUGUAUCGCUCAUGAGGGGAAUUCCGCCAGGCCCACAGUAUCUUGCUCCAGAUAUCGGGUUUUCCAUUCUACCUGAGGAAGGUCGGAAGGGAUAUGCGACCGAGGCCGCGAAGGCUCUUAUGGAAUAUGCAAAUAAGACUCUUGGGGUGGAUGCUGUGUUUGGAUUCUGUUCGCCUGCGAAUCAGCGCAGUCGGGGUGCUCUGGAGAAACUUGGGAUGGAGUUUCGGGGUAUUAAGCCUUUGAAGGUUUUUGGUGAUGAGGAAAGUGCCGUGUAUGCUUUGCCGGGGAUGAGUGAGGAUUUGAGUGUUUAUAAUAUCGACUGA